CCUGUUCCGGGAUUCCGCUUGUUGUCAGAAAGCUUUGGGGUUCCGGCCAGCGCUCGGGGCCUAUUUCUGGGGUCCAGGUUGGCGCGAGGUCGGCUGCUGCAGCCAUGGCGGCCUCCACCGCAGCCGGGAAGCAGAGGAUUCCCAAAGUCGCCAAGGUGAAAAACAAAGCCCCAGCUGAGGUACAGAUAACUGCCGAGCAACUCUUAAGAGAAGCUAAAGAAAGAGAGCUUGAACUUCUUCCACCUCCACCUCAACAGAAGAUCACAGAUGAAGAAGAGCUAAACGAUUACAAACUAAGAAAAAGGAAGACUUUUGAAGAUAAUAUAAGAAAAAACAGGACUGUGAUUAGUAACUGGAUAAAAUAUGCACAAUGGGAAGAGAGUCUAAAGGAGAUUCAAAGGGCUCGAUCCAUAUACGAGCGUGCUUUAGAUGUAGACUACCGAAAUAUUACACUCUGGCUGAAAUAUGCAGAAAUGGAAAUGAAGAAUCGCCAGGUCAACCAUGCCCGAAAUAUCUGGGACCGGGCCAUAACAACUCUGCCUCGAGUCAACCAGUUCUGGUACAAGUACACAUACAUGGAGGAGAUGUUGGGAAACAUUGCUGGCGCCCGGCAGGUGUUUGAGCGCUGGAUGGAAUGGCAGCCUGAGGAGCAAGCCUGGCACUCCUACAUCAACUUUGAGCUGCGAUACAAAGAGGUGGACCGGGCCCGCACCAUUUAUGAACGCUUUGUCCUCGUGCACCCUGAUGUUAAGAACUGGAUCAAGUAUGCCCGCUUUGAAGAAAAACAUGGUUAUUUUGCCCAUGCACGGAAAGUGUACGAGAGAGCUGUUGAAUUCUUUGGAGAUGAGCAUAUGGAUGAACACCUUUAUGUUGCCUUUGCCAAAUUUGAAGAAAAUCAAAAAGAAUUUGAAAGGGUACGAGUGAUCUACAAGUAUGCCCUGGAUAGAAUUUCAAAGCAGGAGGCCCAAGAACUCUUUAAAAACUAUACCAUCUUUGAGAAGAAGUUCGGUGAUCGACGGGGUAUUGAAGACAUCAUUGUGAGCAAACGAAGAUUCCAAUAUGAGGAAGAGGUGAAGGCUAAUCCACACAAUUACGAUGCGUGGUUUGAUUAUUUGCGCUUGGUGGAAAGUGAUGCAGAAGCAGAAACCGUUCGAGAAGUCUAUGAAAGAGCCAUUGCCAAUGUGCCACCCAUUCAAGAGAAGCGGCACUGGAAGCGCUACAUCUAUCUGUGGGUCAACUAUGCACUCUAUGAAGAAUUGGAGGCCAAGGAUCCUGAGAGGACGAGACAGGUGUAUCAAGCUUCUUUGGAAUUAAUUCCUCAUAAAAAGUUCACAUUUGCCAAGAUGUGGUUACUAUACGCACAAUUUGAAAUAAGACAGAAAAAUUUACCAUUUGCCAGAAGAGCUUUGGGAACUUCCAUAGGCAAAUGUCCAAAGAACAAGUUAUUUAAAGGUUACAUAGAAUUGGAGCUGCAGCUUCGAGAAUUUGACAGAUGCCGGAAGCUUUAUGAAAAGUUCUUGGAAUUUGGACCUGAAAAUUGUACCUCCUGGAUUAAAUUUGCAGAAUUAGAAACAAUCCUUGGUGAUAUUGAGAGAGCCCGGGCAAUCUACGAGUUAGCCAUCAGUCAGCCACGCUUAGACAUGCCAGAGGUGCUUUGGAAGUCAUAUAUUGAUUUUGAAAUUGAGCAGGAAGAAACUGAGAGAACACGAAAUCUUUACCGAAGAUUGCUUCAGCGGACACAACAUGUCAAGGUAUGGAUCAGCUUUGCACAGUUUGAGCUGUCUUCAGGGAAAGAAGGAAGUUUGGCUAAAUGCAGACAAAUUUAUGAAGAGGCUAACAAAACCAUGAGGAACUGUGAAGAAAAGGAAGAGAGACUUAUGUUGCUGGAAUCCUGGCGAAGCUUUGAAGAUGAAUUUGGAACAGUAUCAGAUAAGGAGAGAGUAGACAAACUCAUGCCAGAGAAAGUCAAGAAGAGAAGAAAGGUCCAGGCUGAUGACGGGUCUGAUGCAGGCUGGGAAGAGUACUAUGAUUACAUCUUUCCAGAAGAUGCUGCCAACCAACCCAACCUCAAGCUUCUGGCCAUGGCCAAACUUUGGAAGAAACAGCAACAGGAAAAGGAGGCUGCAGAGCAAGACCCAGAUAAGGACAUUGAUGAAAGUGAAUCCUGAUGUUCUUGUUCAUAUUGAUAAGUGUUUUAUUAUUUUUAUAAAUUAACCGUUCGGAACUCUUGUGACUCCGUAAGUUUUUGUAUAUUUCACCAGUAAGGAAUUGGGAGUCUUUGAUAGCUAUUUUUUGAAUUAUUUUUAAAAUGUUCUUGGGUUAGUGAGGGGUGG